AUGGCAGUUCGAGCGAACGAACGAACGAGCGGGACAAUCGGUCGAUCGUCGGUCGGGUCGAACGAAGCAAAAACGAGAGCCUCUAUCCACAGAUCCAUUCAUGCAUCUACCUUAAAUUGCACAUUUCCUUACGUUUUUACCAUCCAUCACUCCAUCCAACUGUACGUCUAUCGAUACCGUGUCCAAUAAACAGUCUUCGUCGAGCGGGAAAAAAUCGGUCGUUUGUUGGCUUGUGCAUCACCAUAGAGCAAGAAUCAAUAGCAGUGAGGACGACAACUUGCAAGCUCAUAUGAGCCAAGUAGGUUUGAGAAACCCAAGGAUUUCCCCCCCCUUCGUAAUGAUUUGUGUUGGUCGAGUUCAUACUCACAUUUUUAAUGCUUUGUUUGGGGUUUACUACACAGAUGUACAAUAUAUUAUCAGCCUAGAUGGGGUUGUAAUAAAAUUACUUGGUGUUGGGACUAAAA